AUACACUGUGUGUAUAAGUAUUGCUCGGUUGGAUCAAUACUUCGGUCGCUGAAAGACAAGGCGAGAGAUAGUUGAAAUGACGACCGUUAGAAAGAGAGAGAACCACAUGGUGUCUGUCGAGCAUGGUUAUCGAUCGAUUCCACUUGUUAUGGGGACAUUAAGUUAACAAAAAUUAAGAAAUAAUUCGCAUUGAUUUUAUUCCAUUAUUCAAUACGAACAGUUCGAAAAACUACCUUAUAAACCGAUUGAUUUACUAAUUAAACUUUCCCUCAUAACUACUACCCUUUUUUAAUCCUGCAUUAGUCUCCUUGCUUAAUAAUCCUUGCUUAAUUUAUCAAAAAUUAAUUUGAAAAUCGGAGUUAAUGUAUUUUGAAAGAUUUGUCAUUUGAUUUUUAUUUAUUGAUCAAUUCUUUUUUAUUUAACUCAAGUAUGGACUUAAUUCUUACAAUAUUAAUCGUUAUUAUGGUGAAUUGGUAAUAUUUGUUGAAAUCAUUAUGUAAAAGUAUGUUAUUUCUAUUUAAAUAAUAUUUUGUAAUUUAACUUCACAUUUAAUGUUUAACAAUGAUGCUUUUUUAAACUUUUUUUUUAUCAUUUGGACAAGAUUCCUUUUUUUUUUAUUUUAUUUUUAUGUUAUUUUUUUAUUCUAGUUGAUGUGGAUUUAAAAUCAAGAAUAAUAAUUGAUAGUAAGUUAUUAUUAAACAUUUUAUAAAUUAUUAAAACAAUUCAAAAAAGAUAUUUAUAAAUUCAAAUAUUGUAAUUAAUAAAUUUAUUAUUAGUUAUAUACUUAAUUCAAAUACUAUUUUAAUUAUUUAUUCAUAUUUGAUUUUUUGAUGAUAAUCUGAUUGCAAAAUCGAUAAUUCGAUAAUUAUAUAAUUCGAUAUUAUGUUUCAAGAAGAUAUUUCAUAAAACAAAUGAAUCAUAUAACACGUAUCACUCAUUCUAUUUGUAUCAUUCUAUUCGUAUAAAAUAUUUUUAUAUCUUUAAAUUUGCAUUGUAACUAAUCAUUGUACAAUUAAUUAUAUUGAAAAAUUUUAUAAUUUUAAAAUCAAAUAUAUUUCCUUUGAAUCUUUCUUGAAUCAAUGAAGCUAUAAUAUAUUCAAUAUCCAAAUCUAAUUGAUCGUUUGAUCGUUCGAUCAGAAACGAUCGCCACGCGGAUGUUUGAAAGAUCGAUAGAAACACCUACUCUGCGCCAAAUACAUUCUUCCACGUGAUUCAGUGUAGCGCGCAUAUGUAUCAUGAUAGUAUAGAAAUGUAUAUAUAUAUAUAUAAUAUAUUAUAUAUAUAUGCAUAUACAUAUACACAUAUAUACAAGUAGUGACAGCGUCGGCUGCUGCGCCAGCUGAAACGAAAUAGUGGGGGUUAUAUAUAUAAUGCGAACAUAGACGGAUCGCACAAGGGGAAUGCAACGAGGGAACAGUUCAGUGUUAACCGACGGAGGAGUGUCAUUUCAUCGUCGUUUUGUCGGAUCUUUACGUCAGGUGUAUUGUUUCCUUUUUUCGCUGACAGAACACAAUUGAAAUGUACAAUAAAUAAGCAUGCGAUUAGGAAGGUAAUUAAAUAGACUAUAAUGUUAUCAAAAACAUCGAAACGGUUUGUCAUUAACUGAAAACUAAUCGGUCUAUUUUGCGCACGACAUGUGGCCAACGUUUCAAAACGGUUCGAGACUUCUCGCUAAAAAUACAUUUGCCAAACGAUCAAAGUGCUGCAGAUUAGUGAAAGAAAAAAUCAGUGAUGUUUUAUAAUAUAGAUCAUCCUCAUGCCAGUGGCAAUAUGCUUCCAUCACCCGGUCUUUCGAACAUAAUCGUAAUACAAUGAAAAUUCAUGAAAAUCGAUUCCAGGAAGCAAUCUCUUGGUUAUUCAUAUGUUCUAUAAUUCUCAUGAUUGUCCGUCAAUUUAUUAUCUGCAUCGCAAAGGAAAACAAACACGAUUCGACGAAACAUCAUUUAGCAGCAAUGGAAUCCGUUGCAGUUGUUAAAUGGAUUUGCUCUUUAUUAAUAUAUUGAAGAUAUGUAAAUUUAUACCGAAAUAUGGACAAGGCAGUUGUUAAAAAUCAUGAAACAACAACAUCUGGUACACCAUACACUUUAUGGUUUGGUAUACAAGUGUAUCGCGAUAGAAUAAUCACCGAUCGUGAAAAAUCACUAAUUUCGAAUUUUAAUGGAGAUUUAUCGUCAUCAUAUCACGAAAACGUUACAGUGUCAUAGCUUACCGUGGUAUUAUUCCUUAUAUUGUAAAAAAGACGCGCGAACACUUAAAAUGUGCGACAAACUAUUUUCUAUACAAAUAAAGAAAAAACUAUUACAACUCAUAAAAGGAGUAUGAACACCGUUUAUCAGGUUCAAGUAUAAUGAAGUCAUCUAUGAAAAUGGGGGUGAUAGCCUUAAUAGGUCUGUUCGUGGUGUUUUACCAAUACCAUUUGUCAACCAGCGUACGAUUCGAUCAGAUCGCAGAUUUCAACACGGGUGGUUCCGCGGAAGAAAGCCCUGUUUUAUCCCAGGAAGAAGUAGAACGCUACGUAAGGACGUCUAAAUUCAAGGAAGUAAUGAUCAAAAGCGCUGUGCAUAAAGUUCAAGAGAUGAACGGGCUCAGUCCAGACAUAGCCUCUAUGUUGGUACAGCAGUUAACGAAUUAUUUGCACAAGGAUAUUCUCGAAUUAUCCGAGAAUAAUUCGAAGAACGAUCAAAACGUAUCGUUGAACGAAGAGAGGCGAGAAUCGUCGAUGAAUUCGGACAAAAUUCCGGAACCGUUGUAUAUAAUCACGCCGACGUAUCGUCGGCCAGAACAAAUACCGGAACUCACUAGGAUGUCGCAUACUUUGAUGUUGGUAAAGAAUGUUCACUGGCUCGUUAUCGAGGACGCGACCGUUGCCACUAAACAAGUGACGAGGUUGUUGGAACGAACAGGAUUGAAGUUCGAGCAUCUGACUGCUCCGAUGCCUGAAAAGUACAAGCAGAAAAAGGGUGCCAAACCACGAGGCGUGUCUAAUCGGAAUCGUGGCUUGCAAUGGAUCAGAGCAAAUGCAACUAAUGGCGUCUUCUAUUUCGCCGAUGAUGACAAUACCUAUGAUAUAGCACUCUUCGACGAAAUACGUAAAACGAAACGAGUCUCCAUGUUUCCUGUCGGUUUAUGCACCAAAUUUGGUUUAAGCUCGCCCAUUAUUAAAAACGAAAAAUUCGUCGGAUUUUACGAUGGAUGGAUCGCCGGUCGAAAAUUCCCAGUCGAUAUGGCAGGUUUUGCUGUAAACGUGAAGUUCCUGCUUCAAAGGCCAAAUGCCUCGAUGCCAUUCAAAGCUGGAUACGAGGAAGAUGGAUUUUUAAAAAGUUUGGCACCAUUUGAACCGAAAGAAAUUGAAUUCUUAGCCGAUAAUUGCACCAAGGUACUCGCUUGGCAUACGCAGACAAAAAAGAACGAACCAAGUGCACCUCUUGAUAUGAAACUGUACGGUGAAACGAACCUAGUUAAAUUAAAACAACAAAUAGUAUGAUGUUAAGUCGAUAGCGACUGCAUUUUCGAGUUCGAUCUAAUUUUAAUGAUUAAUAAGUACGAAACAAAGUGAUUCAGUGCCUGAAGUAUUGUAAAGUACGAUUGGCGUAGUAAUGAUCUUUUUUUGUUUUUCUAAUUUUUUUAUUGUUAAUCUUAGGAAAAAUUUAAGAGAAUUUGUUUAAGAUCUCCAUAGGAAAUGUUGUAGAUAAAUGAUCUUCAUAAUGUUGUUUGUUUUUUUUUAAGCUUGUUAUUAAUCUUGAGCAAUUGAAUUUGGGAAAAAAAUACGAAUUUCUUUUAUAGCUUAAAAUUUUUUAAAUAAAUUAGCGUGCAAAAAGAAUUGAAAUUGAUCUAAUCUUGUUACGGAAGUAUGUUUCUGUAUAUAUAUAGUGAUAUUUUACAUAUAAUAUAUUUAAUUAAUAUUAAAACUUUAGUUGUUACAGUAAUUACUUAAUAAAAUGAAGACCAAUUAGUGCGGGAAAAGUGAUUCAAUUGAAAGUUAUUCGAUGCGAUAAUACUAUGAUAAGAAAAAAAUUUAUUAUUAGAGAAAAAAAUUUUAUUGCUCAGUAUAACUUCUUGCAUUAUUUUUGCAACUUCUUCCAUUUUAUUUCAUAAGUUAGUCGUUUUCCAUUUAUUGUAAUUUCGCAACUACGCAUUUAUUUUGUAUCUGAUAAAUGAAUCAACUGCUUUUUUAAAAUCACACAUCGAAUAUUCAUUAAGUUUUUAAUGUAACAAAGUGAAUACAAAUUACCUUUUGUACUUAUUCUUAUAUAAGUAUCGUUUUAAAUUAUAUUUCUGUUAAACAACAAACAUGUACGAAUUUACCAUGCGAAAUAGCGAAUAGGAAAUUAUUUUAUUACUCUGUUUUUAUAAUUAGAUCCAUUUUUAUUGUUUCUUUAAUAUUAUUAUUUUAUGUUACUUCUUGUUAUAUUUAAGAAAAUUGAUUAUAUGUUCAUAGUACAUAAUAUUAAGUGAACAAAAAAAAAAAAGAAGACGAUGACAAAAUAUUAUGUGCACUGGUUUUUAAUAGAUCGUGAAUAAUAUCAUAAAAUUAAGAUUCUCGCAAUUUGCAAUAAAAAAGAUUUCAAUCAUCAAAUUUGAUAUCAUAUCGAAUGCAUGCGUAGAUAGGAAAAAAAUGAAAUACGACAAAGCGUUUCAAAAGAUCUAUAACAAAAUCUUAUGAAUAAAUAUUAAUUUAUACGACUUUUAAAUAUAUUUAUUUUAAGAAAAACAGAUCUUUUGAAGUUGUAUCUCAAUAUGCAAUAUUAAUUAUCAAAAUAAUAUAAAUGAAUAUAGAAAAUAAUAUUUGAAACAAAUUUUUUAAUUAUCAAAUAAUCUUUUUCAAAUUUUUUUGCUUUUAUUGUUCAAGAAAAAUAAUUUUAAAUUUUGCACGCAACCAGAAUAUUAUUAUCUAGUCCAACAAUAUCAAAAUAAAGAAAUUAUGAAGAAUGGCAUGUUGAACGAAUAUAAUUAUACGUUAUUUUUUUUUAGAAUUUAUAAGACUAACAAAUUUAUUUUCUAAUUUGUUCAAAUAUCGAUAUAGAUGAUUCUUACAAAAUUAAUUACAAAUAUUCUUAUAUUAGUAAGAAUUUGUCGAUAUAUAUAUACAUAAUUUUGUAAAAAUGUUGACGGGCACAACGUGUAUAAAUUAUAAAUUUCGUUUGCAGUUUUCUGCAAUUUGCCCGUAUUCUAAUUAAGCUGAAAUAUCGUGAAAGCAAUAAACUUGUUGUUAGAAAA